AUGGAGGAGAAUGAGCAGAGCCACAGCGAAGCGGCGGCGGCGGCGCAGCAACAGCAGCAGCAGGAAUCGGGCGGCGGCGGCGGCGGCGGCGGCGGCGGCGGCGGCAGCCCCAGCGAUGGAGACACUGGCCGGAGGAGGGCUCUGAUAUUGCCUGUGGUUUUGCAGGCGCCCGGGAACCACCAGCAUCCGCACCGGAUUACUAACUUUUUCAUCGACAACAUCUUGCGGCCGGAGUUCGGCCGAAGAAAGGAAGCAGGGACCUGCUGCAGAGGAGAGGGAGGAGGAGGAGGCGGCGGCUGCGGUGGAGGAGGAGGAGGAGGAGGAAGUGGCGGGGGCAGCGGAGGCAGCCCGGAGCGGCUCCUCCUCUCCAGCCGGGAGCACCGGAGCUCCACCUCGGCUCCCGGAGCGGGCGGGCAGCUACCCGGAGGCGGGGGAGGCUCUCCCGGGGAAGGCGAAGGCGGCUCCAAAGCGCUCUCCUUGCAUGGAGGCGGGGGCAAGAAGGGAGGCGAGCCAGGGGGACCAUUGGAAGGAGCCCUGAAGUCUCGGGGCUUGAGCGGCGGCGAUCUGUCGGUGAGCUCGGACUCGGACAGCUCCCAAGCGAGUUCCAACCCCGGCAAUCAACCCAUGCUCUGGCCCGCCUGGGUUUACUGCACCCGAUACUCGGACAGGCCGUCUUCAGGUCCUAGGUCUCGAAAACCAAAGAAGAAGAAUCCGAACAAAGAGGACAAGCGGCCCCGGACCGCCUUUACUGCAGAACAGCUGCAAAGACUGAAAGCCGAAUUUCAGACAAACAGGUACUUGACCGAGCAGCGGAGGCAAAGUCUGGCCCAAGAGCUCAGUCUCAACGAGUCCCAGAUCAAGAUCUGGUUUCAGAACAAGCGGGCCAAGAUCAAGAAAGCCACCGGCAACAAGAAUACGCUAGCUGUUCAUCUCAUGGCGCAGGGACUGUACAACCACUCGACCACGGCGAAAGAUGGCAAGUCGGACAGCGAGUAG